UAUAAGCGCCUCGCUGGCCACCUACCUUCCCUGCUGUCUGGUCUGCUGAACCUUGUUGACGACGAUGCUGCUGCCGCUGCCUCCGGUGGCUAUGAGCAAGCUACGGUCGCCUCAGAACCCUCUCUGUGUGUCUCUCCUCCAGAAAAAGCGGCGGUGGCCAUUCAGGGUCUGGUUCGUAAGGCUCUGGAAGAUCCUUCAUCUCGCGAGGUUGCUGCCGGCUUACUCCCAGCCUUGUUACCCAUACUCAUAGACCGGGCCCUGUCUACUGCAGCGCCAUGCACGGGCACCCUGGUGCCCAGCGAUUCCAGACGAUUUGCUCUCGACCUUCUUAAUAACUACAAAAAUGUCCCACUCCUGUCGAUGACCGCUAUUCCAUGUGAUUUUCUCCGCCUGUACGCCUUCCUCCUUCUUGCGGUGCCACGUUAA